AUGUCUUCUUCAUAAGGCUCACCAUUCACUUCAAAAUUUUAUAGAGAAAGUAUUGAAGAUUGUUUCAAUAAAGCAUAGGAAGUAAUAGAAGUAUGUUAUAUAAUUUUCUAUUAGUCAAAGUCCUCCUAUAAUAAAAUUUCCUAAUCAAUUGAUCAAAUUUUAUUGGAUUCAGUUUUACCUAGACUUCCCAGCCUGUAAUUUGAAUCAGCUAACUAAUAAUCUUCUUCUUUAAAAUCCUCAACUAUUCCAAAAGAAUUCAUAUAUCCAAUUCUAAUCAACUAAAUAACUACUGAGUUAAGACAACCAAUUAACUCUAUUGUUUAAAGAGAAGUGAAUAAAAGUGAAUAAAAAUAGACUGAAGUAAUUUAAUCAUUGAAAUAACAAGUGGAAAAUCAAAAAGAAGAAAGGAAGAAAGAAUAAAGGGACUAUUUAGAAAUCAUUAAUACUAAAAAUUCGGAGAUUAAAUAAUUAAAUGAAAAAUAAAUAAUUGAAGAAAAUUAUAUUCAAAAAAUUAAACAAGUUUAAGAUUCAAAUAAAUUCACCUUUGAGCUCAUGGAAUAAAACUCAAUAAAGGUUGAUAAUUACUGUUAUGCUUUUGCAUUUAAUAAAGAUUAAUCUAUUGUUUUAGCUGGAUGUUAAAAGGAUAUUAAAGUAUUUGAAAACCAAUAAGGAAAAUUGAAUCAAGUUUAAUUGUUGAGUAAGCAUACAAAUCAGGUGUUUACUUUAAAUUUUAUGAAAAAGACAAAUAAUUUUGUAUCUGGUAGUUCAGACAAUUCAAUUAUAAUAUGGUAGGUGAUUGCAAAUAAUUAAUGGAAUUGUUAAUAAAUAUUAAAUGGACAUUCAAAUUGGAUAUUUUGUUUAUUGUUAAAUAAUACUGAUGAUUUAAUAAUAUCAGGUAGUGUAGAUAAAACAAUCAAAUUUUGGAUGAAAUAGAAUUAAUGGAUAUGUUAAUAAACCAUAAAUGAUCAUGCUGAAUAGGUAUAUUCAUUAAGUUUAAAUGAAUAAUAAAAUAAAUUGAUAUCUUGUUCUUUGGAUUCAUAAAUAUUAAUAAUAGAAUAGUCUAAGUUGGAUAAAUAGUGGAGUGUUAUAUAAAAGAUAAUAGUUGAUUAAUAUGGAUAACGAUUAUGUUUUAUUAAUGAUAACUUAUUUACAUUCUAACCUUAUUGUAAAGAUUAAAUGUAUAUAUAUGAGAUGGAUACUAAUAAUAAAUAGUAUAAUAAGAUUAAGGAAAUUGCAGUAAAGUGUGAUUCAAGUUAUUGUGAUUGUUUAUUUCCAUAAUAAUACAGAAAGUCAAAAUGCCUACUUGUGAAUAAGAAUGGCAAAAAUGUGAAUUUAAUGAGAAAGAAACAAAAUGGUGACUUUAUUAUUUAAUAAUCUAUUUAAUUUGGUCAUUAACAUAUUUAUGGACAAUUAAGUGAUGAUGGAGAGUAUUUGAUCACUUGGGAUUUAGGAUCAAAGGAAAUCUAAAUAAGAAAGUGUAAGGAUUAAUGA